AUGGAACAAAAACUUAGGUUGUUCUUAUUUACUAAAAUUUCAACGUUUAUACUUUUAUCUUGGAUAUGUUACUUUUUCAAUGACAUAAACUGUUUAAAUAAAAAUUUGGAUGAAAAAUGGAAUCUUUGUAGAAAAUUAAACAUAAGAAUUUAUCGAAUAUUGGCGAAAUAUAAACAUUAUAAGGAUUCAAGUAAUUCAAAUCAGAAAGAAGAAAUGCAAAUUAGUGAAGUGAAAAAAGAAGAAAAUAUAUAUAAUAAUAAAAAAGGAACAAAUGGAAAACAUAAAAAGUCAUGUAGAAAUUCACUAUAUAAUGGGAAAUACGGUAAGAAUAUCGAGAAAAAUAUAUCUGGUAUACCUAAAACAAAAAAAUAUAGCAUUUUUGAAAAAAAAAUUUUUAAAGAACUUUAUUAUGAAGAUUACGUUAAAAAUAUCAAAUCUAUUGAAUAUGAGGAAUAUAAAAAACUAGCCCGUAGAAAGCGAAGAAUUCGAAUUGCUUUACUUUUGUUAUUUUUCAUGGUAUUGGCAAUACCUAUAUUAGAUAUUUCACUAGAGAAAAUUACAGAAGGUGGAUUGUUAGGCUUAUUACACUUGUUGUAUCCAACUGGAAAUGAUACAAAUCCUCUGUCUGGGAUAGAGGGACACUUAGAUUCAUUGUUAAGCCAAGGCACAUGGAAUAUUUUAGGAAAAAUAUGUGCAUCAACUACCUUCAUUUAUGGUGUACCUUUCCUUAUAUUUGUUGUUAUAUUUAUAUUAGGAAUGGUUUACUACUACAAAAAAGUUAUAAAAUAUGAAAAUACAAAGUUCAGAAAAAAAUUAAAUUUGAAGUAA